AUGAGUGUUCCUUUCUUGGAGCUGCCUGGAGCUCUGCGCUCAUAUUCUGAGCUGAAGAAUACUCAACAACGCGACGUGUCACCGCGUGCUCAUUACUCUCCGCCAUGGGCCAACACCAGUAUCAUUGGUGUCGCGGGCAGUUCGGGGUCUGGCAAGACUUCACUUUCAUUGGCCAUCAUCAAGGAGCUGUCGCUGCCAUGGGUGGUGCUUUUAUCAAUGGAUAGCUUCUACAAGCCACUCACUCCCGAGCAGUCCGAGUCUGCUUUCAGAAAUGAAUACGACUUUGACGCUCCUGAAGCCAUUGACUUUGACGUUCUAGUGGAGAAGCUGAGGGACAUCAAGGCUGGGAGAAAGGCCGACAUACCGGUCUACUCAUUUGAGAAGCACGCCCGGCUGGACAAGACCACCACCAUCUACUCUCCUCAUGUCCUGGUUCUGGAGGGCAUCUUUGCCCUGCACGAUCAGCGGGUAUUGGAUCUGCUCGACUUGAAAAUUUUCACCGAAGCAGAAAGUGAUCUCUGCUUGUCGAGGAGGCUCCUCCGCGAUGUGCGAGAGCGUGGUCGAGAUAUUGAAGGUUGCAUCAAGCAGUGGUUCCUCUAUGUCGCGCCAAACUACAAAAAGUUUGUCGAACCUCAAAGAAGUGUGGCCGACAUCAUCGUCCCACGAGGCAUAGAGAACAAGGUAGCCAUAAACAUGGUAUGCGAUAAAGUCCACAAAACUCUACAGGAGAAGUCAGCCAUGCAUCAGUCCGAACUGCGACAUCUCGGCAAAGUGUCAGAAGACACUCCAUUAUCGCCCAACAUUGUGAUUCUCCAACCCACCAAUCAAGUUCGAGGCAUCAACACCAUGCUUAUGGAUCCUGGAUUGAACAGAGAAGACUUCAUAUUCUACUUUGACCGACUUGCUGUUAUGUUGGCCGAGCAAGCAUACGAGUCUGGCCUCGCUUUCAAGCCCAGCAGAGUGGAAACGCCUGUUCCGGGCCAGUCUUACGACGGCCUGCAGCUUGAUGGUGAGGUGUCUGCAGUUGUGGUACUUCGCGGUGGCUCUAUCCUGGAAACAGGUCUGAAGCGUGUCAUCCCCGACUGCCGUAUUGGUCGUAUGCUCAUCCAGACGAAUUAUCGUACUGGGGAGCCAGAGUUGCAUUAUUACAAGCUCGCGUCUGACGUCGCCGAGCACAAGCGGGUUCUACUAAUGGACCCUCAAAUGAGCUCAGGUGGCGCGGCGUUGAUGGCAGUACGAGUCUUGCUCGACCACGGCAUCAAAGAACAUCACAUCGUAUUCGUGACUUACAUGGCUGGGAAGAACGGCCUAAAUAGGCUCAUGGCCGUGUAUCCUACCAUCAAGGUUGUGGUAUGCAGGAUUGUCGGUGACAUGGAGAGUAGGUGGGUGGAGGAGCGGUACUUGGGGUGUUGA